UUGCCUUUUCAAAACAGCAGGGUUUGCGCAACUCUCGAUCAGAGGAUGGUGGCAGCACUGUCAGCUGCUCUGGAUCAAUUCGAUAUAGAACCCUUAUGGACCAAGACCCAUCACCACCUGCCUCCACGAGUGGUGCAAUGGAAGGCAAAGGUUUGGAACGGACCGGCAGUAUAGUACGGGUUGAAGCCCACCCAGAGUCAAAUAAACCUGUGGUGAAACCUCUGAGCACUGAUGGAAGCGGCUCUUGGCGUUGGAAUCCACCAGAAAAGCGACCGUCCCUACGUCAGCCAGCCUUUAACAUCAAUGAUUUCAACAGAAAUACAGACACCUGUGAUGCUAUGCAGGAUGCCGGGUCACUGGAUGGGCGGCAGAGUGUAACAGGGACCAAAUCAGAAAGCAAAGUUGAAGAGGGACUACACAUCAGUUACCCACAUGUAGUAUACCAGUCACAUUCUAAUUUUCAGGAUCCCAACGCUACCAAACCUCUCACUCCCAGCGCCAUAUUUGCUCCUCCUUUCCAUCAUCACCCUCAGUCUAUCACUACCAUUAGAGUCACCCCUGUGGAAGGGACUGGUGCCAGUACUGAUGGCAGCUCUGACAGCCAGUCGGCUGCGUCUUCGAGCCGGGAGUCCACAUUGAGGAGAAAAAGUGACACCCCUAUUCACUUUACUCAAGAUUCAGGGCUUAUCACUGAUCACAUUCUCCGUGAGAAAAGUGAACUCUUCAAAAGUGAAAGCAGCAAUUUUUUCAAAGAAAACCUGAAAGGUUUUCAAGAUAACCCCAUCCAGUCUGACAGGCAUUUACAAGGAAUGUUUGGCCGUCCAGGCCCACACCCUCCACCUACUUUACCCCGUCCCCAUAUGAAUCACUCUCCACCUCCAACUCUGGGGUUGGCUGUUAAGGAAUCUUAAUGUGAAGUCCAUCCAUUAAAACAUUAUAAAAUGUUGUCCUGUAUCACCAACAGAGAUAUUAUUUUCAGGGAGAUAUUACAGUACACGUACAUUACAUAGAUAAGGUGAAUCUUUCGGCAUAAGGACUUCUAGUACAGAUAGAAGCUUACUUUUAUUUCAUUUUAUUUUUUGGAAACAUCGUCUCCAGCACUGUCACACACUUUUCCCAUCUGUGCA